GCACCAGGAGAAGCAGACGGUGUGCUGGCAGCGGCGACAGGAGCAGGGGACGGUGGGCAGGAGAGCGGGGCUCACCGAGGCUGACCGAGGAGCCGUGGCCACGCCCCUACCAUGGACAGCAAGGUGUGGGGUGCCUGCAUCCUCUGCUUGCUGCGCCCCUUACCCAUCGUACUGGGCCACGUGCACCCAGAGUGUGACUACAUCACCCAGCUGAGAGAGGAUGAGCGAGCUUGUCUGCAAGCGGCAGAGGGGAUGUCCAACUCCACCUUGGGCUGCCCCAGGACCUGGGACGGGCUGCUGUGCUGGCCGACGGCAGGCUCUGGCGAGUGGGUGAGCCUCCCCUGCCCGGCUUUCUUCUCUCACUUCAGCUCAGAGCCAGGGGCCGGGGCCUUGAAACGGGAUUGCACCAUCACGGGCUGGUCUGAGCCCUUCCCGCCCUAUCCUGAGGCCUGUCCUGUGCCCCUGGAGCUGCUAACUGAAGAGAAAUCCUACUUCUCCACCGUGAGGGUCGUCUACACCAUGGGCCACAGCGUCUCUGCCGUGGCCCUCUUCAUGGCCAUCACCAUCCUGGCUGCCCUCAGGAGGCUCCACUGCCCCAGGAACUACAUCCACACCCAACUGUUCGUCACCUUUAUUCUCAAGGCGGGAGCUGUGUUCCUGAAGGAUGCCACCCUCUUUCACGGCGAGGACACGGACCACUGCAGCUUCUCCACAGUAACAGUUCUGUGCAAGGUCUCUGUGGCCACCUCCCAUUUCGCCACCAUGACCAACUUCAGCUGGCUGCUGGCGGAAGCUGUCUACCUGACCUGCCUCUUGGCCUCCACGUCACCCAGCGCAAGGAGAACCUUCUGGUGGCUGGUCCUUGCUGGCUGGGGGCUUCCCCUGCUCUUCACCGGCAUGUGGGUGGGUUGCAAGCUGGCCUUUGAGGAUGUCGCGUGCUGGGACCUGGACGACAGCUCUCCCUACUGGUGGAUCAUCAAAGGACCCAUCGUCCUUUCCGUUGGGGUGAACUUUGGGCUUUUUCUCAAUAUUAUCCGUAUCUUGCUGAGGAAACUGGAGCCAGCUCAGGGCAGCCUCCACACCCAGCGUCAGUACUGGCGUCUCUCCAAGUCAACCCUUCUCCUCAUCCCGCUGUUUGGGAUUCACUACAUCAUCUUCAACUUCCUGCCUGACAGUGCUGGCCUGGGCAUUCGCCUCCCCCUGGAGCUGGGACUGGGUUCCUUCCAGGGCUUCAUUGUUGCCAUCCUGUACUGCUUCCUCAACCAAGAGGUGAGGACUGAGAUCUCACGGAGAUGGCGUGGCCAUGAUGCUGAACUUCUGCCAGCCUGGAGGACUCACGCCAAGUGGACGAUGCCUUCCCACUCAAGGGCGAAGGUGCUGACAUCUGUGUGCUAGGCUGGCCACAUCACGUGACUGGAAUCCACCCCUGAAC